CGUCAAAAAGUGCGCUCACUUCCGGCCAGGGAGCGCGCGGGUUGAUUCGUCCUUCCUCGGCCGCGGGUGCUCGCAGCUCGGAAAUGGCGGGAUUUGGUGCUAUGGAGAAAUUUUUGGUUGAAUACAAGAGUGCAGUUGAGAAGAAACUGGCAGAGUACAAAUGUAAUACCAACACAGCAAUUGAACUAAAAUUAGUUCGUUUUCCUGAAGAUCUUGAGAAUGACAUUAGAACUUUCUUUCCUGAAUAUACCCAUCAACUCUUUGGGGAUGAUGAAACUGCUUUUGGUUACAAAGGUCUGAAGAUCCUUUUGUAUUAUAUUGCUGGUAGCCUGUCAACAAUGUUCCGUGUUGAAUAUGCAUCUAAAGUUGAUGAGAACUUUGACUGUGUAGAGGCAGAUGAUGUCGAGGGCAAAAUUAGACAAAUCAUCCCGCCUGGAUUUUGCACAAACACAAGUGAUUUUCUUUCAUUGCUGGAAAAAGAAGUUGAUUUCAAGCCAUUUGGAACCUUACUCCAUACAUACUCUGUUCUCAGUCCAACAGGAGGAGAAAACUUUACCUUUCAAAUAUAUAAGGCUGACAUGACAUGUAGAGGCUUUCGAGAAUAUCAUGAAAGGCUUCAGACCUUUUUGAUGUGGUUUAUUGAAACUGCUAGCUUUAUUGACGUGGAUGAUGAAAGAUGGCACUACUUUCUAGUAUUUGAGAAGUAUAAUAAGGAUGGAGCUACACUCUUUGCGACCGUAGGCUACAUGACAGUCUAUAAUUACUAUGUGUACCCAGACAAAACCCGGCCACGUGUAAGUCAGAUGCUGAUAUUGACUCCAUUUCAAGGUCAAGGCCAUGGUGCUCAACUUCUUGAAACAGUUCAUAGAUACUACAUUGCAUCUCCUUCUGUUCUUGAUAUUACAGAGGCAGUGGGGGUUGAACCCAGGACCUCGUGCAUGCCAAGCACAUGCUCUACCGCUGAGCUUUACCCGCUGUCCCCCAUUAACAGUAGUUUAAAAGAUUUGCCUGUUCUGAACAUUGGAAUCAUGCAAUAUAUGAGUGCUGCAUUUACUUGGCAUGUUUUCAAGAUUCAUCCUUGCUGUAGCAUGUAUUAGUGCUUCAUUUCUUUUUAUUGCCAAAUAAUGUUCCAUUGUAUGGGUAUACCAUACAUUUUAUUUAUCUGUUCAUCAGUUAAUGGACAUUUGGGUUGUUUUCACUUUUUGGCUCUUCUGAGUAAUAAUAAUCUACUAUGAAUAUUCAGGUACAAGUGUUUGUGUGGACCUAUGUUUUCAUAUCUCUUGGGUACACACCUAGGAAAUGGAAAUGGUGGAAAAUCUGGUAAUUAUGUUUCACCUUUUAAAGAACCAUCAGACAAUUUUCCAAAGUGGCUGUACCAUUUUAUAUUUUGACCAGCAGUAUAUGAGGGUUUCAGUUUCUCCACAUCCUCAUCAGUACUUGUUACUGCCUUUUUGAUUCUAGUCAUCCUAGUGGACAUGAAAUGGUAUUUCAUUGUGGUUUUGAUUUGCAUUUCCCUGUGGCUGAUGAUGUUGAGCAUCUUUCCAUGUACUUACUGUGCAUUUGUAUAUCUUCUUGAGAAAAGUCUAUUUAGAUCUUUUACACCUAUUUUUUAAUUGGGUUAUUUGUCUUUUUCUUACUUAUUGAAAAGUGUUUUAUAUAAAAAGUCUGGAUACAAGUUCCUUAUCAUAUAUAUGACUUGCAAAUAUUUUAUCCCACUUUGUGGGUUGUCUUUUCAUUUUUUCUUAAUGGUAUCAUUUGAAGCACAAAAGUUUUACAUUUUGAUAUAGCCCUAUUUAUCUACUAUUUUUUAGUUGCUUGUGCUUUGGUUCCAUUAUCUCAGAAACCAUUGCCUAAUCAAAAGUCAUGAGGAUUUACUCCUUUGUUUUCUUCUAAAAUUUUUGUAGUUUUACCUUUUACAUUUAGUUCUGUGAUACUUUUUGAAUUAAUUUUUUGUGUAUGGUGUGAGAAAAGGCGGUCCAACUUCACUCUGUUUGUGGAGAUCCAGUUGUCCAAGUACCAUUUGUUAAAAAGACUAUUUUUUCCCUCAUUGAAUUGUCUUUAAUGGGCCAUAAAUGGGUUUAUUUUUAACUCUCAAUUCAAUUCCAUUGAUCUACAUGUCUAUCUUUAUGCCAGUACCACACUGUCUUGAUUACUAUAGCUUUGUAGUAAGUUUUGAAAUCAAGAAAUGUGAGUCCUCUAACUUUUUCAAGAUUGUUUUGGCUAUUCUGGGUUCCUUGCAUAUCCAUAUCAAUUUUAGGAUGAGCUUAUCAAUUUCUGCAACAAAAAAAGUUAGCUGGGAUUUUGAUAGGGAUUGCAUUGAAUAGUUUGUAGACUAUUGAUAUUGUAAUAGUAUUGUCUUAUGAUCCAUGAACUAGUUCACACUUUAACAUUCUUUGUUUCAAGUCCUCUACUAAUCAGAAAAGGAAGGCUUAAGAGAAGUGAGGAAAUUUGCCUAAGGUCCUACAUCUAUGAAUGACAGAACUUGGACUCAAACUCAUGUUCUCUGUCUAGUGUAGAUAACAUAGACAAACGUAAAGAAAGAUCUAUGCUAUUCAGAUGCAGUGAAGAAAGGAUCAGUCAUUCUCACUUUAUUCUCUAAAUUAAAAAGAUUUAUUUUUGUAAAAGGAAGAAUUUUUUUUAUUUGGAUAAAAGAAGCAUAGCAGACUAAAGUUUAUUAAAGUAAGGGAGUUAUAAAUUGAGUUUUGGAACCCUUAGCUAUCAGAAAAAUACUUGCUUUUGGAAUUGAUUAUCCAAACUUGAAUCUCUUAUUUAUACAGCUAGUUUAAUUAAAAAUAAAACUAAGAUGCAUAUGACAGCAAACCAGUCAAAAAGUUUACCUUUGAAAAGGAGUAGCUCUAAUUUCACAAAUAAUACGUAUGUCUUUGCAAAAGGAUUACACUUAUAAUUUUAUUUGACAAAAUAAUGGUGCUGUUUGAUUUAUAAGGAAUAAUUUGUUACAUUGUAACUUUUGUGUAUAUAUAUAUAUAUAAUUAUUUUAAGAAUAUUUGCCUUUCUAAGCUUAGCAUGUAUACUGAGAUUACAGAUAAUGAAGAAAUUAUGUUCGGUU